CCUCCUCUCCGAUAGAGGGAGAACUUUUGGGUUUGGGUUGGUGUUUGUUUUUGUAGACUGCAUUCUGAACUCGGGAGGAAGGAUUCUUCGUGUGUAUUCAACAAAAUAACUGCAAGCUAGCUCGAAAAACGACUGCGUAAAUUCACAUUUAGCCAAGAUUUGAAAGUAGUUACAUGCAUUUGGCUCCUUUUCAAAUUGUUAAAAAAUAAUAUCAGGGUACAUAGCUAAUCAGUCGUCGUCUGGCUGGACCUUUGUGGAGCAAGGUGCUUCUGAAUAGCUAGCUAGCUAGCUAGCUAACAGGAUUCAAAAGAACAACUGGAAGCUAGCUUGCUGUGGCUAGCCAGAAAGCCGGGGGAAUCAGCACCACGGGGAGCCGGGGCCCGAGAGGGAGCCAUCCAGGCCCGCGGCUUGAUGUACCCUGCCUGCCUCGCCCCAGCAGCCCACAAUGGGGGAGACCAAAGUGAUAUAUCACCUCGACGACCAGGAAACACCCUACCUGGUCAAAUUGGCAGUGCCCGCUGACAGGGUCACACUUGCGGACUUCAAAAAUGUUCUGAAGAAACCCAACUACAAGUUCUUCUUCAAAUCUAUGGAUGACGAUUUUGGGGUAGUGAAAGAAGAGAUAUCUGAUGACAAUGCCAAACUACCUUGUUUUAAUGGCCGUGUGGUAUCUUGGCUGGUGUCGGGGGAUGGUGCUCAUUCAGAUGGUGGCUCUGUGGUCGAGAGUUUGUCCGAGUUGCCGCCACCCCCCCUGGAGAGGACUGGGGGCAUCGGGGAGUCCAGACCCCCCUCUUAUCAGUCAGUUCUCUCUAGCGGGAAGGCCACAGGUGGACGAGACUCGUUGGACAACGAGACGGAGACGGGCUCGAUGGUGUCCCAGAGAAGAGCGAGGGAGCGACCGCGCCGGAAACACACUCGCGAGCAUGGUGGGAGGAAUGGCUACUCGCGGGUGGGCCGAGGGGCGGAGCUGGGCCAAUACGACAGCUGCUCGUCCUUCAUGAGCAGCGAGCUGGAGUCCACCAGCUGCUUCGACUCUGAGGAUGACGACGCCACCAGCCGGUUCAGCAGUUCCACGGAACAGAGCUCCUCUCGCCUGAUGAGGCGACACCGCCGGCGCCGCCGGAAACCCAAGACAUCCAACAUGGAAAGGUCGUCAUCAUUCAGCAGCGUCACAGACUCCACCAUGUCACUGAACAUCAUCACUGUCACUCUGAACAUGGAGAAGUAUAACUUCCUGGGCAUCAGCAUCGUGGGGCAGAGCAAUGAGAGGGGCGACGGGGGCAUCUACAUCGGCUCCAUCAUGAAGGGAGGGGCGGUGGCCGCAGACGGCCGCAUUGAGCCUGGAGACAUGCUACUGCAGGUGAACGACAUCAACUUUGAGAACAUGAACAACGACGACGCGGUUCGAGUGCUGAGAGACAUCGUACACAAGCCAGGCCCCAUCACUCUGACUGUGGCUAAGUGCUGGGACCCUAACCCUCGGAGCUGCUUUGCUCUGCCAAGAAGUGAGCCGAUCCGGCCCAUUGACCCUGCUGCCUGGGUGUCCCACACUGCGGCAAUGACAGGGGUGUACCCUGCUUAUGGCAUGAGCCCAUCGAUGAGCACGGUCACCUCCACCAGCUCCUCCAUCGGCAGCUCCGUCCCCGAGACCGAACGCUUCGACGAUUUCCACCUGUCCAUCCACAGUGACAUGUCAACUGUCGCCAAGGCCAUGGCUUCCCCGGAGUCAGGCCUGGAGGUGCGAGACAGGAUGUGGCUGAAGAUCACCAUCGCCAACGCCUUCAUAGGCUCAGAUGUGGUGGACUGGCUCUUUCAUCACAUGGAGGGAUUCUCGGACCGACGGGAGGCAAGGAAGUACGCCAGUAACCUGCUCAAGGCCGGCUACAUCCGCCACACUGUCAACAAGAUCACCUUCUCUGAGCAAUGCUACUACACCUUCGGAGACCUCUGUGGCAACAUGACCCACCUCUCUCUGCACGACCAUGAUGGCUCCAGCGGCGGGGCGUCGGACCAGGACACCCUGCCCCCUCUGCCCCACCCUGGUGCUGCCCCCUGGCCCAUGUCCCUGCCCUACCAGUUUUCCCUCGCCCAGCCCUACAACCCCCAGCCCCAACACGACCUGCCCCAGGGCUUCCCAGGAGUAGGGGCGGGCAGUGCUGGCAGCCAACACAGCGAAGGGAGCAGCGGCUCCAACUGCAGUAAGACCGAGGGCCGAGGCGGUGCCGGGGGCUCCAACAAGUCGGGUGGGAGUGGCAGCGAAUCAGAGAUCAGGAGCCAUCGGGUCCCCAGCGAGCGCUCUGCGGCCCCUAGCGAGCGCAGCAUCCGCAGUUCCUACAGUCAUCGAAGCGCACACUCGUCCCACUCACUGGCCUACAGCCCUGGCUUGGUCUACGGCCCCCCAGGCCUGCCUCCUAACCCCCCCCACCUGGCCACAGCUGCUCCAGGAGCCCCACCAGGCCGACAGCUGGCCAACGCUCCCCCAGAGCUCACCGGCUCCCGCCAGUCCCUGCGCAUGGCCGUAGGCAACCGCGGCGAGUUCUUUGUCGACGUCAUGUGACGCAGGUUAUGUCAUAGGCGCACCACAUAAUGGUGGUUAGGGAUUUUUUUGUUUAGUGCUGAGGGGGACAGACAGGAGGAGGAAGUCUCUAGAAAAUCACAGUUGGGGUCAAUGUCAUUUCCUUUUGAAUUGCCAGAAUUGAAAUGGAAUUGAGCCCAACCCUGCUGGAAAUGUCCUCUUGCUCUUGUGCUCCUGAGAGUGUAUCUGAUUCGCUAUACUUUCUUCAGUGAAGAACCCCCACCCUCGCAGAUGGAAUCAAAGCGCCUUUUCUCAGUUUCCUCCCUGUGAGGCGAGUUUGCUUGGGUCGUGACAGGGAGGGAGGCCUGGGGAACAGCUGGGGAUGACUUGGCGCUUUUCUACGUGGAUGUUUUUCAUUUGUUCUUUUCUCUAGCUCCACGUCCUGUCCUCCCCAACCUUAGUCCGCCAGAGACAAAGUAAAAAAAUAAAUAAAAAAAACUCCUCUCCAUACAUCCUUUCACCUAAAAUUUGAAAAUGAACACUAACCUUUGAACCUUACGUGUACUUUUGUUUGUUUGUUUGUAUGACUGAAAAAGAAUGAAAAGUUAAAUAAUGUAGUGCAAAAGAAUUGAGGCCCUUUCUGUUCUUAUGUUUUUAUCAUAGCUGGUCGCCGAUACAUGUAGUUUCUUUUUCAACACUUAACAUGAGCUUCCAGCUUAGACUGAUUUUAAAAGUACAUUUUCGUCUUAAGUUUUCUUACCAACUCUUUCACACUACUCCAGUGUUUCCCAAACUCGGUCCUGGGGGCCCUAAAGGGUGCACAAUUAGCUUUUUGCCCUAGCAGUACACAGCUGAUUCAAAUAAUCAAUGUAUCAUCAAGCUUUGAUCGUUUGAAUCAGCAGUGUAGUGCUACGGCAAAAACAAAAACACUGCACCACGUGGGGGUCCCCAGGAUUGAGUUUGGGAAACACUGCACUACUCUUGAGAAAAUGUAUUUUUAUUUAUAAAUAUAGUUUUAUGACUUUAAGUUGGUUGUUGUUUUUUGUGUGUGUGUGUGUGUGUGUACGCGUAAGAAACCUGGAGUUUUCCAGGUGGGCGUAGGGACAUUAUUUGCACAAGCAAGGAAUUUCAGUCUGAGAAGGAAUGUGAAGGCAAUAUAGCUUGCAGAUGUGUGCGUAGGCUUGACCUGACCAUGUCUAUUAUUUUUUUGUAUGUUCAAGCUUCCUUUGAACUGGGUGACCUGCUGCAUCAUCAAAAAGUUCCCAAAUGUAGAGCUCUAGAUUUGAGGACACUUUUUUUUAUGAGGGGAAUAUGAUAUGGGAGCAUAACUUGAAGUAUUUUGAGAUUAAUUUGGUAGGUGUGCAUCAUACAUGAAUCUGAUGUGGAAUUCCUAUAUUAUGUAGAGAUACAAUUGAAUGUGCAGGAAAUGAAAUAUUUGUUGAUAUCCUGCUGCAGUAGGCAAAAAUAAAUGACCAAUGUGCUUAUCUUCAGGGUGCGGUUUGCCCAUUCCCAGUUCAGUUUAAACCCACCCACCAUAUCUAUUUUAUUAACAAACAGGAAUGCGUACAUACAAACUUUUUACAUUGCCAGGAAUCCUACAUAAACUAGCCUUUUUCCUUGUUUCGACCAUGACUUUUGUCAGUCGUGACAGUGGUCUAGGAACAUAUAAAGAAGGAGUUGUCCAUAAUAAUAAAUAAACUCCUCCCAAAGUG